GCCCCACUCCGAGCCGAGCAGGACCCCGGAGUGGUGCCGUCGCGAGUGUGUCAGAGUGAAGCGCUCAGCCAUGGCGUACGGCGGCCUCACUGUGCCCAUCAUCGUCAUGAGCGUUUUCUGGGGGGUAGUCGGCGGCAUCCUGCCCUGGUUCGUGCCCAAGGGGCCCAACCGCGGUGUUAUCAACACAAUGCUGGUGACCUGUGCCGUUUGCUGUUACCUCUUUUGGCUGAUUGCGAUCCUGGCCCAGCUCAACCCUCUCUUUGGUCCACAGUUAAGCAAUGAAACAAUCUGGUAUCUUCAGUAUCAGUGGCCUUAAGGAUGUCUGUCCUCUCUGCUGCCUUUUUUGUGGACUAGGUAAAGAAGAUAUUUCCUCUAGAUAUAAAAGCUACGUUGAUCCAAAGAUGCCCUUAACAUAGCUGGUUGGAUACCAAACCUGUUUAAUGCCUUAAUGUUUGUAUUGUGCUUAAAAUGGCUUGUUCAAAGCCCUAUAUUUUUCUCCUGGUUUCCUUUUACACUGUUUAACAAUGUGCCUAAUACAUAAGAUUUAUACCUCCUUUUCUGUGCUAUAAACUUCUACUUGUUUCGAUUACACUUGAAAUUAUAAUUUUUUUUCUGGGAUAUGUGAGUUUGAGGGCAGCCUCUUCCUUGUCCUCGUGUUGCACAGUCUCCAUGAGCUUUAUGAAACUUCCACACACUAGACUGCCUAUUUAUAGUGUAAUACACAGGCAUUUUCUGUUGGACUAGAAUUGCAUAAAAUAAAGUGUGCAACAAAACUGGUGGCUGGAAGAUGCUGCCACGUGUUUAUGGCAUUUAUUUUUACAAUGGAUUGUAUUCUCGUAAAGUUUAAUCUUAAAUUUCUGUGUACAUGGAAAUAAAAUGAAUCUGCUGCUUUAUAUGAAACAUUCUUGGGAAGCAUCUAAUGGUUGUAUAGUUAUUUUGUUUUUGGGUAGACUUCUGUAACGUUAAUAUUGCUUAGUGAGUCAAAGUUCAACUUUUGAAACUUUCAGAGCUUUCAAUAUGCUUGUAUCUAAUAUUGCUUGUUAUUUCACUAUGCCAUCUGAAUGUAAGAGUUCUUAUCCAGCUGACUUCAACGCCCCAGCUGCUGGUCUAUACUGAGGGAAAUUACUUGGCUACUUUCCCUCUGAAUCCUUUCUUGUAGUGUUUCAAGUUGUUCAACUUCAGUAUCUCUAUUUUCCAUGAUAUAUAGUAAAGGCCUAUGACAAAAUAGAGCUUGGUGCUUGGGCUAAAGCACCAUCAAGAGUUAGUAUAGAAAGUCACUGUCCUAAUAAUAAACUGCCUUAAGUUAUGCUACAGCGACCAACCCUACUUAAUGCUAAAGACUGCAAUUAGGAAAAAAACACUAGAUAUAGAUCUAUGCAUGUGCCUUAGAAAUAGACAUUCUCUGAAAGACCCUUCAGAGUAAAUGAGUUCCAGAGCUGAGAAUCCCGCCCAGAAUGCUCUGUUGCCUGAUGCCAGGAAUUUGAUCUUGGAGAUAAGAAAGCCAAUUUCAAAUUGGCAUAAGUGGAGAUACUGUUACUUGGCUAACCUGAUGCCAGGACUUUUGGGAUAUUGAUGGUAUCAAACCCUUUGGAUUGACCCAGUACACAGCAGAAAGCACAAGGACUACAUUUUGACCUAGCUGAUGCUUCCAGGUAAUCCUCAAAGGUGUUCUAAUUCUAAACAGAGAUCAUGCCAAUCCUAGGCCAAAUGUGAAAAAAGACAGAUAACUGGUGAAAGCCAUAUAUAUCAGCUGGGCCUCCAUGAGGAGAGAUUAAUCUAGUACUGCCUGAGAUUGGAAACCACUGAGGUGCAGGAAAUGGGGAACAAACCUCUUCUGUGCAAGGUGUAAUCAAAAUCCCAGUUCAUGCCUACAUGGGUUUGACACACUUACCCUCCUUCCUAUUUAAAACAUGUCCAUGAUUUUGUGACCAUUGCAGUUAGCCACAUCUAUAUAGAGCUGAAGGGGCAUCUCCAUUAUACACAAGCCUCAGAUACAGUCUGUGAUGAUGAUAUUCACCACUUUGUGUUA